GAGAGAGAGAGAGAAAUGAAGCAUUGUGAUGUGAGUUUGUGACAGGGUUGACAUUGAGAGAUAAUAAUUAACAACAGCAAAGUGAAGGAGGACACAUCACACACGAGCCAAACUACGUUCUAGUUGGAACUGUGGAACAGAGACGUUGGUUCUUAGGUAGAUUUCAUUUUACAGCCAAGCCGGCUCUUCUCUCUCUCUCUCAAAUUGUUUUACUUAGCAAAAGCAAUGUUUAGCAUAUUCCAGUUAUAAAUACAUGUUGCUACUUUCUCUUCCUUUAUUUACUCCUUGAAUCUUCCUUCAACUUUCAAAUUCCAGUUGUCAUUAUCUCUCUCUCAAAAUAACUCCCACCUUUUUAAUCCUACCUUCAUUUCCAAAUUCAAACCGUCUCAGAAUCUUUAUUUAUGUGUGUUUCUGUUUCUACAACACCCACUUCCUUAAAAGUCUCCAACUCUCUUACAACAAAAUCCUUAUUAUUAUCUACACCAAAAACUCCAACACCCACUUCUUCAAAUUCCUUAAAUUUUGGUUCUUUACAAAACUAAAUGGUGGUGAAGCUCAUAAGGUGGCCUUCAUGGCCACCAUUCCACUCGAAGAAAUUCGAAGUAAUAAUUGUUAUUCGACGGCUGGAAGGUUUAAGAUUAGCACAAUCUGAGGGUGAGAAUAUGUUGGGGUGUGAGAUUAAGUGGAAAGGUCAGAAGGGUAUAGCUUUGGGCUCACUUAGGCGCUCUGUGAAGAAAAAAUUAACAAAAAAUGUGUGUGUUGGAGAUGAUGGGGUGGUGGAAUGGAACGAGGGGUUUCAGAGUGUGUGUAGUUUCUCCUACUAUAAGGAGGCUGUCUUUAAUCCAUGGGAGGUCUCAUUUACAGUGUUCAAUGGUGUGAACGAAGAGUCCAGGAACAGGGUUCCUGUUGUUGGAACUGCAUCAUUAAACUUAGCAGAAUAUGCUUCUUCAGCUGAUGGAAAGGAGAUUCAAAUCAAUCUUUCUGUCAAAGUUCCUGUUGGAACUAGUGAAUGUAGUCCGUCACUCUCUUUAUCUCUCAGUUUAUUGGAAUUGAUAAGUGCUCAAGAACCGUCAGAUGCAGUGCAGAGAUCAAUAGUGUGCGUUCCACUGUCACCUUGUUAUGCAGAAGCCCACUCAAGUGAGAAAGACGAGUUCUCUGCCCUUAAAGCUGGACUGAGAAAAGUGAAACUCUUUACAGAUUAUGUUUCAGCAGGAAGAGCAAAGAAGGUUAGCCGUGAAGAAGAGGGCAGCGAUGGCAGGUGCUCUGAAAGAAGUGCAGAUGCUGAGUACAAUUAUCCCGUUGACACAGAUUCACAUGAUGAUGGUGAUGCUGAGGGGCAAUCAGAGGAGAUUAAGGAUGAUUGCAGCAUUAGGCAGCCAUUCAGUUAUGAAACUUUGGCCUCAGCAAACUGUGCUGGAGGAAUAGUAUCCUUCAAUAUGAUAAACAAUGGUCAAGAUGAAUGCUUGAUCUAUUACAGCAACCGUAAAUUGACUGUGGGAUGCUAUGAUAAUGAGAAUGCACAUGCAUUAACCUCUGAACAGACCCUGAGGUCAAGUUCAAAACGCAAUAUCCUUUCUUGGAGGAAGAGAAAACUGAGCUUCAGGUCUACUAAAGCCAAAGGGGAGCCUCUUCUGAAAAAGCAUUAUGGUGAAGAGGGUGGGGAUGAUAUUGAUCAUGAUCGUAGGCAGCUUAGCUCUUCUGAUGAUUCCAGUUUUGGGUGGCAAAAGACCGAAGACGGGUUCAGUACUGAUGGAUCAUCAAUAUCUGAAUUUGGUGAUGACAAAUUUGCUGUAGGUAGUUGGGAGAGUAAGGAAGUAACCAGCCGUGACAGACAAUUGAAGCUCCAAACUCAAGUCUUUUUUGCUUCAAUUGAUCAAAGGAGUGAACGGGCUGCUGGGGAGAGUGCAUGUACAGCUCUGGUUGCAGUCAUUGCUGAUUGGUUGCAUUCCAACCGAGAUGAGAUGCCGAUCAAGUCUGAAUUUGACAGCCUGAUUAGAGAUGGAUCAUUAGAAUGGAGAAAUCUUUGUGAGGAUGAGGUCAUCAUAGAGCAAUUCCCUGACAAACACUUUGAUCUCGAGACCAUUCUCCAAGCUAAAAUUCGUCCUCUUUCUGUAGUUCCAGAAAAGUCCUUUAUAGGAUUCUUCCAUCCAGAUGGACUGGAAGGGGGGGGUUUUGAUUUCCUUCAUGGUGCCAUGUCCAUUGACAGCAUAUGGGAUGAGAUUAGCCUUGCUGCAUCAAAUUGCCCUAGCAAUGGUGAUCCUUUGGUCUACAUUGUCUGUUGGAAUGACCACUUCUUUGUCCUAAAGGUCGAGCAGAAUGCUUAUUAUAUCAUCGACACCCUGGGGGAGAGGCUUUAUGAGGGGUGCAACCAGGCAUAUGUCCUGAACUUUGAUAAAGACACAAUAAUUGUUCGAUUACCUAAUGAGAGUCAAGAAUCAGAUGGAAAACCUGCCAGUGAUAAGGAGCAACCUAGCUGCAAGGAAACUUCCACCGAGGGGACUAUGGUACUCCAGUCUAAUGAUUCAGAAGACAGUGUGAGAGAAGACGAGAUUGUGUGCAGAGGGAAGGAAUCAUGCAAGGAGUACAUUAAGAGCUUCUUGGCUGCAAUUCCCAUAAGGGAAUUAGAGGCUGAUAUCAAGAAGGGGUUGAUCAAAUCGGCACCUCUUCAUCACAGGCUACAAGUUGAGUUCCACUAUACCCGGUUCUUGCAGCCGACGGUUGAAUCUCCAGUGGUAGAAACAAGAGGUGAUGUACAGGGAAUUGGACUGGCACUUGCAUAGGUGACUAUUGUAGAGCUCUAUAAAUGGCAGACAUUGUUACUCACUCCAUACUAACCACGUAUUUCACUUGUUAUUUUGUGGUUGUUGAGGUUAAUGGGUCAGGUAUUAAAAGUGCAUCUCUUUUUAAUUUUUGCGUUGGUAGUACCUUCACCUCUAAUUCUAAAGGGAGGAAAUGAAAACAAAUAGGGAUGAUAUAUAUGUAAAUGUGUGUUUAUUCACAAUGCUAAUUUCUCUUUUAUUUGAUUGUA